CAAGUUGCACCGCACGCACACCUCCUAACUCCAAAGCCUCAUUUUCCAUUCCUACUCUACACUCCACCCUCUCUUUCUUCUCUGCGUGUUAAUAAGCGGCAAAAGGAAAAAAAAAAUAAAAAUUAAAGUGAUUAUCAUAUAAAUUAAAUACCAUAUUAAAUAAUUUGUUAUUCGUAUUUUGUAUUAUUCAUCCAUUCUCUCCUCCUGGUAUAAAAUCAACAGCACAACAUUUACAUGAUCUGACUCCUGAAUCAUCCUUGGUCUUUGCUUGUUUUCUCUUCUUUCUUUGCGCGCACAUCCACCAUGGUCGAAACCAGACGCAGCAGCUCCUCUUCUUCCAAGCGUUCUCUCUCUUCUCCUUCUCCACCUAACACCAAACGAUCCAAGGUGUCGGAGGAUUCCUCGUCCACUACGCUUCCCUCCGCGGGAAUUAUCUCUCCGGUCAACGAAUCUGGACCCGGUAAUGAAUCUGGAGAACCGGAGCUACGACCUUCUGAUCUGCCAGAUACGGCUUCGUUGAAGGCUGUGGAUGCUUGUGAUGCGAUGUCACCUGAUAAAUCUCUUUCUGUGCCCCUUGAAGGCGAGGCCUUGGAGUCCCCACAGUGUUUAGGUGAAACAGCGGAGAAAUCCAUGGUGGCUGGCGCGGCGGCCGCACCGUCGUCUGGUCGGGUGAAGAAACGUCCUACAAAAUUUAGCCCCAAGACUGCGUGGGGGAAGCUCCUUUCUCAGUGUUCUCAGAAUCCUCACGUGGCCAUGAGUGAUCCUAUCUUCACUGUUGGUCAAGGUCGUCAUUGUAAUUUAUGGCUCAAAGAUCCCACUGUUGGUAAUAUUUUGUGCAAGUUGAGUCACAUAGAGCGUGGAGGUUCAUCUGUUGCAUUACUCGAAAUCACAGGAGGUAAAGGUUCUAUUCAAGUUAAUGGCAAGACUUAUAGGAAGAAUGCUCGUCUGAUUUUAAGCGGAGGUGACGAGGUGGUCUUUGGUUCUUCUGGCAAGCAUGCUUAUAUCUUUCAGCAGCUGACGAAUGACAAUAUUAGUGCUGCUGGUAUACCUUCUGUUAGUAUUUUAGAAGCCCAGAGUGCUCCGAUAAAUAGAACGCAAGUUGAAGCUAGAUCUGGUGACACCUCGGCUGUUGCUGGAGCAUCAAUACUGGCCUCUUUAUCUAAUCUUCAUAAAGAUUUAUCUCUCCUUUCACCCCCUGCCAACACUGGUGAUAAUGUGGAACAGAACACUGACAUUCCAUCAUUACCUUCUGGCAUCACAGAUGAUAUUCCAGAGAAUGAAAUGAAGGAUACCACCAAUAAUGAUGAACCAGCUGGAGUUUUCUCUGCUGAGAAAACUGUUCUUGCAUCUGCUAACAAUGUUAAUGAAAGUACUAGCAUUGACCCCGUAGAAACCAACCCCAAUGUGGAUGCAGAUGUUGGGAAGAUGCCUGCUGCUGCAUAUGAAUUGAGGCCAUUACUGCGCAUGCUUGCUGGCUCAUGUCCUGAACUUGAUCUAAGUUGUGGCAUUUCCAAGAUAUUGGAAGAGCGGGAAUUAAGAGAACUCCUUAAAGAUGUUGAUACCCCAACAAUAUUGGCAUCAACCAGACGGGAAGCAUUUAAGGACAGUUUACAAAAAAGAAUUCUCAAAUCUGAGAAUAUUGAUGUCUCAUUUGAAACUUUCCCAUAUUAUCUAAGUGAUACAACGAAGAACGUUUUGAUUGUUUCUGCAUUUAUUCAUUUGAAGUGCAAUGGUUUUGGAAAAUAUGCUUCAGACCUCCCAUCAGUGGCCCCACGGAUAUUGUUAUCUGGUCCUACAGGUUCGGAAAUAUAUCAGGAGACUUUGUCCAAAGCACUUGCGAAGCAUUUUGAUGCUAGGCUACUAAUUGUGGAUUCUCUUUCGUUGCCUGGUGGAGCACCGUCAAAGGAGGUUGAUUCUGCUAAAGAAAGUUCUAGGCCUGAAAGACCAUCUGUGUUUGCCAAGAGAAGUGCCCAGACUGCCACAUUACAGCAUAAGAAACCAACUUCUAGUGUGGAUGCUGAAAUAAUAGGUGGAUCCACGUUAAGUUCUCAGGCUAUGCUAAAGCAAGAGGUUUCUACUGCAUCAUCAAAAGGAACAACUUUUAAAACAGGUGAUCGAGUAAAAUUUGUUGGUAACUUUCCUUCUGCUGUCUCCCCGCUACCAAAUUAUCCUUCACGGGGACCAAGCUAUGGCUCUCGGGGCAAAGUUCUCCUUCCUUUUGAAGAUAACGGGUCUUCAAAAAUUGGGGUUAGGUUUGAUAAAUCAAUUCCAGAUGGCAAUGAUCUUGGAGGCAUUUGUGAAGAUGAUCGUGGGUUCUUUUGUUCUGCAAAUCACUUAUUACGUGUUGAUGGUUCUGGAGGGGAUGACAUAGAUAAAGUUGCAAUAAAUGAAAUCUUUGAGGUUACCUCUAAUCAGAGUAAAAGUGGUCCACUAGUGUUGUUCAUUAAAGAUAUAGAGAAGGCGAUGGUUGGGAACUAUGAAGUUUUGAAAAGUAAAUUUGAAAACUUGCCACAGAAUGUUGUGGUAAUUGGCUCUCAUACUCUGCUGGACAAUCGUAAGGAGAAGACCCAACCUGGUGGCCUUCUGUUUACCAAGUUUGGGAGCAAUCAGACAGCACUACUUGAUCUUGCUUUUCCGGAUAACUUUAGUAGACUGCAUGAUAGGAGCAAAGAAACCCCUAAAGUAAUGAAGCAACUUAGUCGCCUUUUCCCGAACAAAGUGACAAUACAGCUGCCUCAGGAUGAGGCUUUACUUUCUGAUUGGAAGCAGCAAUUAGAACAUGAUAUUGAAACUAUGAAAGCUCAGUCGAAUAUUGUCAGCAUUCGCUCAGUUCUCAACAGAAUUGGAUUGGAUUGCCCUGACAUUGAGAUUCUUUCCAUCAAAGACCAAACUCUAACAGCUGAAAGUGUGGAGAAGAUCAUUGGAUGGGCUAUUAGUUACCAUUUUAUGCAUUCAUCUGAAGCUUCUAUCAAAGAUUCUAAGCUUGUGAUAUCUGCUGAAAGCAUUACAUAUGGGAUUAACAUUCUACAGGGCAUUCAAAAUGAGAACAAGAACUUGAAAAAAUCACUGAAGGAUGUGGUUACUGAGAAUGAAUUUGAGAAAAAACUGCUGGGUGAUGUUAUUCCACCAACUGAUAUUGGGGUCACAUUUGACGAUAUUGGAGCUUUAGAAAAUGUUAAGGACACAUUAAAGGAAUUGGUCAUGCUUCCUCUUCAGAGGCCUGAAUUGUUUUGCAAAGGACAGUUGACAAAGCCUUGCAAGGGAAUAUUGCUUUUUGGCCCCCCUGGCACUGGAAAAACCAUGCUUGCAAAAGCAGUAGCAACUGAAGCUGGAGCAAAUUUCAUUAACAUAUCAAUGUCCAGCAUUACUUCAAAGUGGUUUGGUGAAGGAGAAAAAUAUGUCAAGGCGGUCUUUUCUCUGGCCAGCAAAAUUGCUCCAAGUGUUAUUUUUGUUGACGAGGUGGAUAGUAUGUUAGGGAGACGAGAAAACCCUAGUGAGCAUGAGGCUAUGCGUAAAAUGAAGAAUGAGUUUAUGGUUAAUUGGGAUGGUCUGCGCACAAAAGAUAAAGAGCGUGUACUUGUUCUUGCUGCUACAAACAGGCCUUUUGAUCUUGAUGAGGCUGUUAUAAGGAGGCUGCCUCGGAGAUUGAUGGUUAAUUUGCCAGAUGCUCCAAAUAGAGAAAAAAUUCUGAGAGUCAUUUUGGCGAAAGAAGAUUUGGCACCUGAUGUUGAUUUUGAAGCAAUAGCUAAUAUGACUGACGGAUAUUCAGGGAGUGACCUUAAGAAUCUGUGUGUAACAGCAGCUCACUGCCCAAUACGAGAGAUCUUGGAGAAGGAAAAGAGGGAGAGAAGCUUAGCAUUGUCUGAGAACAAACCUUUACCUGGAUUGUGUAGCAGUGCCGACAUUCGUCCUUUAAAGAUGGAUGAUUUUAAAUAUGCACAUGAGCAGGUGUGUGCAAGCGUGUCAUCAGAGUCAACAAAUAUGAAUGAGUUACUCCAAUGGAAUGACCUCUACGGAGAAGGGGGAUCAAGAAAAAUGAGAUCAUUGAGCUAUUUCAUGUAAACCUCUCUCUGUAUAGCGUUUCUCUUGCUUAGGCAAUUAUUCUUAUAUCACCUAAACGGUGUAACUACCAGUGGAUGUGGAAAUCCAUCACUGGUUCUGCCUCUAUUGUAUUAUAUCAUAGGUUUUCUCCCCCUUUUUUUCCAACCCUCCAAAUUUUUUCAUAUGUUGGUAGAAUUUGCUGACGAAUUCUCUGCAGAUACAAGAGCUUCAUUUUAGGCCCCCUCCUUAUUCUUUCCCUGUUUGGGCUUUCUGCUUGUAAAUACCAAGUUUCUUUUUUCUUUAAAAUCAAAUCAAAUAAAAUUAAAUAAUUCUUAUAUUUGCUGCUUUCGUAUAUAUCAUGUAUGGCAUUAUGUUUUUUAUUUGCAGUAUGUGUUUGUUUGUUAAUAUAUAUCAACCUUACU